CCGGUUUUUUGAUCCAUAGUUAACUGGACUAAUGGUUAAAAAUAGUAACUAUUAGUCAAAUAUCUCAGCAAAGCGUUUUUCGAUCAAUAGUUAGCUUGACCAAUAGUCAAAUAAAUAACUAUUAGUUAAAAACAAUAACCACCCAAAGUUGAGCGGUUAGCAAGUUGGCGGAUAGUUAAACGACGCCAUUACAGCUGAUUUCAACACGCCGAAACUUCAAAACGUAUUACCUUUAUUGUGACAACAUUUAAAUACAUAGUUAUUUCAGUUUUAUUAUUACGGACUUAUCAUGGAUUUGAACAUUAUUAGAUACUUUGAUAGUGAGUCGGAAAGUUCAUCAGACGAUGAUUUUUUUACUGAAUAUGUAUUGAUGAGAAGGCCAAAAAUAUUUAGACAAAGAAACCCUCCUUUGGAUACCUGGGAUGAUCUUGGUUUUUGUCAACGUUAUCGUCUCUCAAAAGCAAUAGUGAUGUGGUUAUUAAAUUUAAUAGGAUGUUACUUAAAAACUCCCACCACAAGGAAUCAUGCCAUCAGCCCACUAGAACAAAUUCUCCUUACUUUAAGAUUUUAUGCUACCGGUACUAUGCAACAGUGCUCUGGUGAUUUCUUUGGAAUCUCAAAAUCAGCAGCAUGUAAGAUAAUACACUUGGUGUCAAGAGUGAUAAGCACUAAAUUAAACUAUUUAAUUACGAUGCCACAUACUCCAGCCGAAAUUAAGGAAGUUGUAGCCAAGUUCUAUUCCAUUGCAAAAUUUCCGAGUGUUGUGGGAGCAAUUGAUUGUACACAUAUACGUAUUAUAAGUCCAGGUGGUGAAAAUGCGGAAUUGUAUAGAAAUAGAAAAGAUGUCUUUUCUAUCAAUGUCCAAGUGGUUGCUGAUGCCGAUCUAAAAAUUAGGAAUAUCGUUGCAAGAUGGCCAGGCUCAGUACACGACAGCACUAUUUUUAAUAAUAGCCGGGUUAAACAUUUGAUGAACUCUGGACAGCUGGGCAGGUGUUGUCUUUUGGGCGAUCGAGGCUAUGGCCUUAAACAAUAUUUACUAACACCUCUGGCUGAUCCUCGAACAGCUGCCGAAAAAUUGUAUAAUGAGAGUCAGAUAAGGACAAGGAAUGUCGUGGAACGAACUUUUGGUGUUUGGAAGAGGAGAUUUCCAUGCAUAGGCUCUCAGCUUAGGGUAAAACUAGAAAAUGUGCAACCUAUAAUUGUGAGCACGGCCAUAUUACAUAAUAUAUGUAUUAUGAAUAGGGAAGAUUUACCUACUUGUGAAAGUGUUCCAGAUAGUAUUGAAAGUGAAAGUAAUAUAAUACUUCCAUUUUCUGAAAUUGAUCAGCAAUACAGAGGUGAACUGAUCACAACUUAUUUUAGCUCUCUUCUAAACUCGCACGAAAAUCCAAUUAUCAUAGAAUAGUAUCUAUAUAAUAAAAUAAAAUUGUAAACUUCACUAUUUAAAACCCAUAAUAUUAUAUAUAUUAUACAGUUUUUUUGAAAACACUUGUUAGUAAGUAGUUUUAAUCUAAUCCUUAGAAAUAUAAUUCUUUGUAUGUAUUAUUUCCCAAUGGUACAA